AUGUUGAGUUAUACCAGGGCGAAGAAGGCGAGGAAAGCAGCAUUGGAAAACAACGAAAGAGCCAAAUUGGAAAGCGUGGCUGGAAAAGAGCAGUUAACAUAUGGGACAAAUGAUAAAGGUGGGAAAAGGACAGAGUUUAAAGCCACUAACGACCCUGCUUCGAGGCAAUGGCAAGGCCAAUGGUGUAAUAGUAGAAGUGGACAAAUUAUAAAGGUAGAAAGAAAGGACACACAAGAAACUUGUAGGAAUAAGCGUCUUAACUAA